AUGGAGGCCCCGCCGGACCCCGCGCCCCGCGCCGCCGCCGCCCCGGCCCCGCUGCGGGCCCCGGAGGUGGCGCGGCUCCGCCAGGAGCAGGAAAAGGUGGUCGCUGGCUGCCGAGAGAGGAUCCAGCACUGGCAGCGCGUGGAUGACGACUACAGCGCCCUGCAGGAGCGGCUCGGCACCCUGCCCGACAGGCUGUCCUACGACAUCAUGGUGCCUUUUGGCCCCUUCGCCUUCAUGCCGGGAAAACUUGUCCACACGAACGAAGUCACUGUGCUCCUGGGGGACAACUGGUUUGCCAAGUGCUCCGCCAAGCAGGCCGUGGGCUUGGUCGAGCACCGGAAAGGACAUGUAAGAAAAACAAUAGAUGAUUUAAAAAAAGUGAUGACCAAUUUUGAAUCCAGAGUUGAAUUUACAGAAGAUUUGCAGAAAAUGAGUGACGCUGCAGGUGAUAUUGUUGACAUAAGAGAAGAAAUUAAAAGUGACUUCGAUUUUAAAGCCAAACACCGGAUUGCUCACAAGCCUCACUCCAAACCCAAAGCGGCAGGUGCUUCUGAAGCGGGCUUUGCAAGCGUCGAACCCAAGGAUCUGCUUGCGGACCAGGAGCUGUGGGCUCGGCUGGAGGAGCUGGAGCGCCAGGAGGAGCUGCUGGGCGAACUGGAGAGUCAGCCGCCUCCUGUGAUGGCGAACGGAGGAGGUGCAGCGUCUUCCGAAGAGGAGGAGGAGGAGGAGGAGGAGGAUGCGGGCAGAUGUGUGAACGGCCGUGUGAACGGGACACAUCCAGCGGCCGAGCCCGCGGAGGACCCCGGUGCGGAGCGGCUCCACGGUCCGAGCUGCGCCGUGAACGGCUCUCGUUCCCCGCUCAGCGACGAGGACGGGGACGAGGACGAGGAUGAGGAUGGCGACGGCGACAGUGAUGACGCGCUCGGGCCCGGGGCCAGCUGUGUGCCAACCAUCUACUUCUCCCACACGGUGGAACCCAAGCGGGUGCGAAUAAACACUGGGAAGAACACCACCUUGAAGUUCAGUGAGAAGAGGGAGGAGGCCAGACGGAAGCGGAAGAACGGCGGUGGCGGCCACCCCGCCCCGGAGCCGCCCGCCAUCCGGAGUCCGGCCGACGUGUACAGGGUCUUCGUGGACCUGGUGGACGGGGCGUACGUCCCUCGCAAGUCCAUCCUGAAGUCGCGCAGCCGGGAGAACAGCGUGUGCAGCGACACCAGCGAGGGCAGCGCCGCGGACGGCGAGGAGCGCCGCGGGCUGCUGCGGAGCCUGAGCGGCGAGGAGGCCGCGGGCAGCGACGCGGGCGAGAGCAUCCCGGAGGAGGAGCCGGAGCCGGAGCCGGAGCCGGAGCCGCCCGCGCCCGCGCCCGGAGCGCUCCAGAUGCUCCCCUGGCCUGUGGGCAGGUUUCUUGGUCAGAAGAAUGGGAUUUUGUAA